GAAACGCGCGACAAAGCCGCCGACGCCGACCUCGAAGCCUUCCUCUCCUCCCUCUCCCCCGGCGAGCAAACCACAACCUCCGAUCCCACCACCGCCACCUCAACAACAACCCCAGCCCACCACGACCGCAUGCUCCCCGACGGCACCCUCAACAUCCACCCCUCCGCCCUCUACCCGCGCACAAUGUCAUGCCGCCAAGCCUUCGACUCCGCCUUCUACUGCCAAUCGCUCGGCGGCAAGUUCAACGACAUCUACCGCUUUGGAAGUCUGCAGUCCUGCAGCGAGCACUGGGGCGCCUUCUGGUUCUGCAUGCGCACGAAAUCGCUGCCCAAGGCGGAGAAGGAGGCGCAGAUUGCCGACUACUAUGCUAAGCGUGAGGAGCGGCGGAAGCGCGAGUUUGGGAGUAGUGAGGCUGUUUGGGAUGUGAGGGAGAAGCCGGUUGUGCGGGCUUUUGGGCGGGAU